GAUUAGAUAACACGAGAUAACAGUGGUCAGACCCUAUCGAGUUUCUUCCCGUGCUACCACUGCACACCAUUAACACGCAAAAUGAAGUUAUUUCUGUCAAUUUUCAUCACACUAAGUGCUAUUAUAGGUCUCGCUGUCGCUGCACCCAAAACAGGAACUUCUAGUCCGGCACAAGAUCAACAAGUACAAGACACUGAAAACCAGGAGGCCGUAGACUCUGCUGAAGUGAAGGUUACCACGCCAACCGUAAUUUCUAAAGAAGACCUUAGUAAAGCAACAUCUGAUAAAAAGGCACCUACAGUACCUCUUGGAGCAGGCGUUGCUCUGCCUAUCAAAGCCAAAAUCAUCAAAAAAUCUCGACAUGCAAAAGCUAAAUCAAAGUCUAAAUCUCCAAAAACGUCUGCCCCAGAGAAAACGACAGCAAAGGCAGCGACACCGCCUGUGACUGUAAAAACAUCUGCCAAGAUAGAGACUGAACCAGAACAAACAAUACCAGCCGCAGAAGAGGAAAAACCUGCAACAGCAGAGAUAGAACCCAAACCAGCAACACCUGUGGAUGUAAGACCAACUAAUCUAUUUUUACCAGCCACCGUAGAACUAACAGCUGAUGAAGAGAUAAUUCAGCAGGGAGAAGCAAUGGCACAAGCAGAAGAGAAGACAACACUUGCUAAAGUAGAUAUGACAACAAAAGUAGCAAUUCUAGAAGUAACUGAAGCAAUUGAAGAAAAUUCAAAUACUGAACAAUCUGCUCAAGAUGAACCAUCCCCUCAACCUACUGAAGAUAAAUCGAUUCCUAACCAACUUACUAAUGUUAAACAAACUCCUGACCAACCUGCUAUUGAUAAACCAACUCCUAAACAACCUGUCGAAGAUAAACCCACUCCUAAACAACCUGCCAAAUCCAAACCAACUCCUAAACAGCCUACCAAAGGUAAACCAACCCCUAAGCAACCUACUCAAGAUAAACCAACUCCUAAACAAUCUGCCAACACUAAGCCAACGCCUAAACAGCCUGCCAAGCAACCUGUCGAAGUUAAACCAACUUCUAAACAGCCUGCCAAGCAACCUGCCGAAGAUAAUCCAACUCUUAAACCUGCUAAUACUAAACCAACGCCCAACCAGCCUGCCAAGCAACCUGUCGAAGUUAAGGCAACUCCUAAACAACCUGCCAAGCAACCCAUUGAAGAUAAACCUACUCCUAAACAGCCUACCAAGGGAAAACCAACUCCUAAGCAACCUAUUCAAGAUAAAACAACUCCUAAACAGCCUGCUAAUGCUAAACCAACUCCCAAACAGCCUGCCAAAGGAAAACCAACUCCUAAGCAACCUACACAAGAUAAACCAACUCCCAAACAGCCUGCCAAAGGAAAACCAACUCCUAAGCAACCUACUGAAAAUAAACCAACUCCUAAACAACCUGUUCAUGCUAAACCAACUCCUAAACAGCCUGCCAAAGGAAAACCAACUCCUAAACAACCUGCUAAUGCUAAACCAACUCCUAAACAGCCUGCCAAAGAAAAACCAACUCCCAAGCAACCUGUAAAGGUUGAGCCAGCUCUAAAACAACCUGUCAAAGAGGUAGGAACUACUAAGCCAUCUGCAAAGAAGCCGACUCUUCACCCCACAGAAAAGAAACCAUUGCCUCCGCUUGUAGUGGCUCAGAUCUCAAAGCAUGAGAAAGACAAGACAAAACUACCUGCAAAGAAACAGCCUGUAACGCAUCCCAAGGCGAUUCCAGCUGAGUAUGACUUUGACGAUGGAAUCGAGGACAACAAAGGUAUGAGUCCCCAUGCCAAGGUGGGCCUCGUAUCCGUUGUCAUCAUCGUUCUGGCAAUUACAUCAACUGUGGCCGGAGUGUGGUACAGGAAAAUCAGCCUUAACCAGCAGAGAUACCGGUACCAUUCUCUACUCACUGACAACGACGAGGAGUUCAGCGUAUUCAAUAGAACGGCCUACCACUCCAUAGACGCGGGUUCGUACGACUCUUGGAAGGAACACAACUACUAACUUUCAAGAACAAGACUGUAUUCCAUUUCACUCUCUCUCUCUCUCUUGGUAAUGAUAAUUUUGUAUUACCGAUUAAGGAUGUUGAUUGCCGAUGUGGAAUACAUACUGUGUUUUUCAGAUAUAUGGAGAAGUGAAGAUCUGCAACACUGAAAUGUCAUUGUUGCCGAAUGGUGGAUUGUGGAUGAUUGAAGGUUAGAAACUAUGUCGCAGUCUUAGUAAAUUAGUAUAACUUUCCCUUUAUGUGGCUAUAUGUAUGCCAUACCCACCCACACAUAUCCGUAAACUCCAUCGUUACUAUCAUCUUUUCAGAUUGAGUUAUUAACGGUUUUUGAAUAAUUUAAUGGUGCCAUUUAGCUCUAGGGCAAGAACACAAUUUUUCAACUUAUUGAUAUGGGAAAGACAUAUGUAGGGCCUGCAGUGAAGUGAGACAUUAUUUUCACCUUGCUCAGUAGCUUCCGGGUUUGUAGCUUUACAAAUGAUUAAUAUCCGAUAGCUUGAAGGGUGUGAUGAUCAACAGGACUUGUAAAUAUUGUUAUAACUAUCAUGUUGGUCCCUCAACUGAAAUUUAACUUUCUGUUUACAGGUUAAAUGUUUAUAUUUGCUCAUCUUCAGUACUUAUUCAUCAUGAAGUUACUGCAUGAUACUCCGUAACAGAAAUACUCAGAAGAAAUUUUGUAUCAGUCGAACUAUUUGUCAUGAUUACAAAUUGGGUUUCAUUGUGAUAUUGUUGUUCUCUUUGAAUGGGCAUUGUAAAAUCCAUGGGAAACAGCUGAAUCAGGCUAACCAGAGUGAAUUUAAUUUCAUCAGUAACAUCGUUGUAUUGUAUAGGUCAGUGUCUCAAUUAAUUCCUCAAAGAGCUCAGUGAUCAAAUAUUGUACUUUCAGGUAUCUUGUUUAUAGAGAAAAAUGUUUGUUUCUUAUUAUUUCUUCUUGAAUGUCGUAGCUAUAUUUGCCUCGUGAUUUUGUAGUGUACCUUUUAUUGCCUUCAUAAAUACUACAUUCAUGUUGAUAAAAUGUUAAAUACUCUUUCAUUUCAUAAUAUAACCUUGUAGACACAUCUCUGUUAACUGUAAGGACCUUGAAGUAAACUUGUUUCUUAAGUGAA